UAGCCACCGCCGGGUGCGGCGGGGCAGGCGCGAUGCGGCAGCUGUGCCGCCGGGGCCGCGUGCUGGGCAUCGCGGUGGCCAUCGCGCACGGGGUCUUCUCCGGCUCCCUCAACAUCCUGCUUAAGUUCCUCAUCAGCCGCUACCAGUUCUCCUUCUUGACCCUGGUGCAGUGCCUGACCAGCUCCACCGCGGCGCUGAGCCUGGAGCUGCUGCGGCGCCUGGGGUUCAUCGCGGUGCCCCCCUUCGGCCUGAACCUGGCUCGCUCCUUCGCGGGGGUCGCCGUGCUGUCGACGCUGCAGUCCAGCCUCACGCUGUGGUCCCUGCGCGGCCUCAGCCUACCCAUGUACGUGGUCUUCAAGCGCUGCCUGCCCCUGGUCACCAUGCUCAUCGGCGUCCUGGUGCUCAAGAACGGAGCGCCCUCGCCGGGAGUGCUCGCGGCCGUGCUCAUCACCACCUGCGGCGCGGCUCUGGCAGGAGCCGGUGACCUGACCGGCGACCCCAUCGGGUACGUCACCGGCGUGCUGGCGGUGCUGGUGCACGCCGCUUAUUUGGUGCUCAUCCAGAAGGCGAGCGCAGACACAGAGCACGGGCCGCUCACCGCGCAGUACGUCAUCGCCGUGUCCGCCACCCCGCUGCUGGUCGUCUUAUCCUUCGCCAGCACCGACUCGAUCCACGCCUGGACCUUCCCCGGCUGGAAGGACCCGGCCAUGGUGACCAUCUUCGUGGCGUGCAUCCUGAUCGGCUGUGCCAUGAACUUCACCACGCUGCACUGCACCUACAUCAACUCGGCGGUGACCACCAGCUUCGUGGGGGUGGUGAAGAGCAUCGCUACCAUCACGGUGGGUAUGGUGGCCUUCAGCGAUGUGGAGCCCACCUCUCUAUUCAUUGCCGGCGUCGUGGUGAACACCCUGGGCUCCAUCAUUUACUGUGUGGCCAAAUUUUUGGAAACUAGAAAGCAGAGCCACUAUGAGGACCUGGAGACUCAGCCAGGGGGAGAAGAGGCGCAGCCGAGUGGAGAUCAGCUGCCCUUCGUCAUGGAGGGGCUGCCCCCAGAGGGUGGAAGUGGCGGGUCAGUAGGUGGGAAGGCAGCAGGUGGCUCCACUCAGCGGGGUGGGCAAGAGGCUAGGGGCGGCCCCAGAGGGGUCUCGCUGUUGGCUAGGAGCUCGCAGAUCUCAGACAGCCCUGAAGAAGUGGGCAGGAGUUCAUUAAAGGAUGCUUACCUCGAAGUGUGGAGGUUAGUUAGGGGAGCCAAGUAUAUAAAGAAGGAUUAUUUGAUAGAAAAUGAGGAGUUACCCAGUCCCUGAAAAGGAAAUGCACGUAUGUAUAUAUGUACAUACACUUAUUUUAUAUGUGAAAGAUGACAUAUUUUAAUGAGGAGCCUCCCAGUUUCAUGCUUGGAGGAGUGGGGAAGGAGAGCAAAGAAAGAAGCUGAAACGCCUGACUGCAACAAAAUUAGUACCCGUGUGAAUUAUUUAGCCUGAGAAUACCAGAGGCAUCACAGAGGCAAAAGAAUGGGAAGGUGACUAACAAACUAAGGCAUGGUUUCAGCUGCAGACUCCUGGCACAUUUUUGGUCAUUAUGACCAUAACCAAAUAUCUGCAUAUAUGGAGAGUCCUUCAACCACCCCCUCCAAAGAUGGAGCAUAGAGAUGAUGGCAGCACUUAAUUAAGUUCAAAGAUUACAUGCAGGGGCACCUUUUUGAGGAUAGUUUGAACUAUAGUUUUUAUGGCCACUUUGGAAGAAUAUAUUAUUGAAAUGAUGUACUUAAAUACACUGAAUUGAUGUUUACUGUUUCAAGUCACCUGAAAUAUGUUUAUUCUAAUUUUUCUCACUUUGAAAAGAUAUAUAAGUGCUCUAGUGUUCUAUUGGUAGAAAAUGUUAAAACUAUUUUGAAACUGAAUUCUUAGCUUUAAUCAUGAAGUUUAAAGUUGGCUUUUAGUAAUUAAAAAUAUUUGAAAGGUUGUUUUAGUUCAUUGCUUUGUAAUAUUUGUUAUUGACUGCCAUAACCUUUUUAAAAAACAGUUUUACUGUGUCCAGUUUUCUUUCAAGCAAAUGCAAUGGCUGAUGUAUAAUUCAGUGUUAACUGAAACCCAAACAGAAAUGAGACCGUUCAGUUAAGCUAGGCCUUUCAAGUCGCA